AACGCCGCUGCGCACUGACCAAGCAGACGCUGUGGCGAACUGAUCCGUACUCAAUAAUACGAUACGCAUUGGUUUGAUAGAUGUUUCCAGAUAAUCGAUAAAUAUUUACUUAAACACAGCGUAUGCGACUCAACCUGUUUUGUAUCGAUUGCUGCUGCGUCUCUCUUCGAUAUGCGCUUAUAAGUUCGUUUUUAGGGCAGCCGUACCAGUAUCAGUGUGUAUUCUGGUAAUAAUAACUGGCUGGUAUGAUGCGAACGAAUUAGUCAGCCUGUCGACGCACUUUCGGGAGUAAAAUGCGUAAUCUGAUUUUGGGUCUAUGGGAAUGCGUAAAGCUGAACGUCAAAGACCUCAAAAUUAUGUGAUUGCGCUUGCUAAGGGAAGUGUUGUUUGGACUAUCAAUGUUUAAGUUUUCGCCUGUCUGAUGUCAGAUGUGUCGGAAUGUGACGACGACGCCAUCCAUCAUCUUUUUAUAACAUCUUCCUUAUCACUAUUCUCCUCCUGUCCCCAGCACUUUUUUGCCCUUCAUAUUUACCGCUUGAGGAGGUGCGACAUUUCUCUCCAAGCAAACAAUUUUUUGUCCCAUCUAAACUCGGCACACGACUGACGUGCCUGACACAAUCCAUGCGCCGGUACGUAAAUAUGGGCGUGGCCAAAGUCAGGGGGUGCUCUCACUAUCCAGCGUUUUCGUCAGAUGUAGCGAUCGAGCGUCAGAUCGGCGGCCACCGGCCCGGGUCUCGGCUGGCGAGCGAUAUCGGCAGUGUUUAUAGCGUCUGCGGCCGCUGCCCUCGAUACUGACCGGCGGCGGCAGCGGCGGGCCCGCGACGGCGGUCAGUCGACGGCCGGAGGCGGCACAGGAAGGCGGCCGGGGGCGACGGAGGAAGGCGGCAACCAUGUCGGUCCAGUCGGCCAUGUUCCAGAGGCUCUUCCAGCGGCGGCACAGGACCGUCAGCGGAAUGCACGACUACAACAUCGAGUACGUGCCCUACAGCCGCGACCGGCUGGACGAGAUCAUCGAGCUGAUGCUGGACACGUUCUUCACCCGCGAGCCACUGGCGAUGAGCGUCUCCAGCGCUCCGGGCUCCUCCCGCGAGGACGUCCUCAACUGGCUGCGGCCGUGUAUCUCCGGUUGGACGCACGAAGUGAUGUUACUGGCCGUGGACGCUGACCGUGACAAGCUGGUGGGCGCCACGCUGAACAACGUGAUCACGGCUGAGGACCGCGACACGUGGAGCUGGCCGCGGCACGCCAACACCGAGUACGCCCGGCUGGUGUUCGGCUUUACAGAGGAACUCGGCCACGAUGUGGACGUGUUCUCACAUUUCGGCGCCACGCGCGUCCUCCACCGGUGCAUGACAGCCGUGCACCCGGACUACCACCACCAGGGCAUCGCCAAGGUGCUCGUUGACACCAGCUCGUUCGAGCUCGCCCGCAAAGAGGGCUGCGAGGCCGUAGUGGCCGGCGUCACCCACCGCGCCGCUCAGAAGAUCCUCAUCACACAGGGCUUCGAGGUGCUGCAGGAGCUACCCUACCUGGACAGCAAGACGCUUACAAACAGUCCCUACUUUGACGAGACGCGGCUCGGUCACCACAGGUCGGCCAAGCUGAUGGGCAUCUCACUGACCGAUUCGUAAUAGGCAGGAUGCUGGGCCCCGGUCUCGAUAACCCGGUUUGGGGCCGGGUUGCUGCAAUGAUAAUCCAGCUGUGUAUGCGUGCAAGUGUUGAUGUGUAUGCGCCGCGGUGGGGUGGGGGGCGGGGCGGGUGGAUGGCAGAGCUCUUCUCUGGGGUCGUGUGUGUAUGUGAAGGAGGGGAGGAGCGCGAACUAUCUUCCACUGACUACGACAUAAGCAUUGUCUGAGUUAAAAGCGCCGGGAGUUCCGAGCUAUGCUGUUAUGGAGGAAGUAAUGAAUGAUGUGCGAGGGGUGCCACAGUGACGACGGAAUGACUACGGACACCAUGUACGCAACAGAGUAUGUAUUGAUAAAUGCUGACUUGCUGAGUGUUGUGGCUCCGGCUACUGGUGAGGCCUGCUCUGAGGUGUCACGCCUCACCUGUGUAUUGUUCUUGUAAGUGAUGGAUGGGUUGCUUCCCUCUAGCGUUUGCCACACGUAGGCGGAGAGUGUCCGACUGUCUUAAGGCGCGGACUGUGUUCGGUCGCAUCGUGUCGAAUGAUGACUGGCGCUAUAUGGCUAGAGCGCCAAGUUGCCGGCGCGGUACAGUGAAUAUAACCUGAGACCUCUGUAUACCGGUAUCGGGUAUACAAAGGUCUAUGACGCAACUGAUGUUGGAUACAUGCAUAUCGUAUAACAAUGCUUCAAGCGAAAGAUCGAGGCAAUAAAGUGACAAUAAA